AUGCAAAGUUCCUUAAGGAACUUCUCACUAAUAGAAGUGAAGAAGGUAGUCCUCAAUGAAAACUGCUCAACUGUUAUGCUAAAUAAGCUACCAAAGAAGAAGGGUGACCCAGGGAGUUUGACUUUACCUUGCCAAUUUGGCAACUUGGAUGCUAUUUAUGCCUUAGCCGAUUCGGGAGCAAGUGUGAACCUAAUGCCAUAUUCAUUCUUUAAGAAGCUGGAUCUCCCGGAACCAAGGCCAAUUCGCAUGGCCGUUCACUUGGCAAACAAAACAGUCACCUUCCCAAGAGGCAUAUGCGAAGACUUACUAGUCAAGGUGGACAAAUUCGUCUUUCCCGCUGAUUUUAUCAUUCUAGACACGGAGGCGGAUCCACAAGUUCCAACCAUCCUUGGAAGACCCUUCCUCAACACGGCAAGUGCUAUAGUAGACAUGAGGGACUCGAAGCUCACCUUGCGGGUAGGAGAAGAUUCAGUCACAUUUGGGGUAGACCAAGCUAUGAAGUAUGCAAGGAACAGUGACGACACAACAUUCUCAAUUGAUAUGCUAGACGAAUUAUUGGAGGAAUUCAUAAGUGAAGAUUCCAACAAGCUCACAACUGAUGAUGAAGAAUUUGAUCCAGAAAAAGACUUAAUGGAAAUUGAAAGGCUGCUGGAAGAAGCUGAUUAUGAAGAAUUGGAUGCCAAGCCAAGACUGAUACGAUGGGUACUACUUCUUCAAGAGUUUUACAUAGAGAUACGAGACAAGAAGGGAAUGGAGAAUGUAGCAGCUGACCACUUGUCAAGGCUUGAAAACCCGCAAUUGCACGAAGAUAGAGUUGGCGAUAAUUUUCCGGACGAGUAUAUUAUGGUGGCCGUAGGAGAAGAACCAUGGUUUGCAAAUAUAGCUAACUACUUAGCUAGCAGUUACAUCCCAAAAGAUCUCACAAGUCAACAAAAAAAGAAAUUCUUUUCCGAGAUAAAAUAUUACUUUUGGGAUGAACCAUAUCUUUUCCGAAGCUACGCGGAUGGGAUCAUAUGA